AUGAUAUCGGCUCUCUUAGCUGCUAUUCCGUCUGCUUACAUGGCCUCUGCUUGGGGUGGCUAUGUAUUUCUUAUCAAUGCGAUUGCCAUUCACGUGUUCGCCUUAUGUGUACUCGGGUUAAUAACCCCAAAACACGAGGUGGCGUACAUUGUAUUCUACGUCAUCAUUACCGCAUUCUGCAUCAAUAUUCCCUUCCUCAACUUCACCCCUCUCUGGAGCUCUGAGCAUAUGGCCAGCCACGGAGUGUUCGUGCUCGUCAUUGCGUCUGCGGUAGCUCGCUUUGCUUCUUCGCUAGUUCCAAAGGACCUUGUGAAGGACCUUCAAGCCUGGGUCAUUGGACUAGCAGGUCUCCUUAUAUUGAUCGUCCUUUCAAUACUGGCUCUCACGGGCAAAACAGCGUGGUCGCCGAGGUCCCUAACUUUGCUGGAUCCUACUUACGCAACCAAGUAUAUACCUAUCGUGGCUUCCGUGUCAGAGCACCAACCACCAACUUGGUCCACAUACUUCCUUGACCUCCACAUGGUAAUGUUUCUUGCUCCAUUGGGACUAAUUCUAUCUCUCCAACGAGGGGGAGGCCUGUUCUUCGUUGGCUUAUAUGGCGUGCUGGCUUGCUACUUCUCAGCCGUCAUGGUCAGACUUGUGCUCGUUCUUUCACCGGCGGCAUCCAUCCUUGCUGGGAUCGGCGCAGCUACCUUGGUUGCCGGGGUUCUAUCUCAGUGUCGUAGGGUUUACCCUGGCGGCAGCAUAUGUUGUCCACUGCACUUGGAUGGCCUCUGCGGUGCUUUCGAACAGAAGCAUCUUUAUGGGUGGGACUAUGGAUAUCAAGUAUCAGAAGUUGGGAACAGGACGGUUUUUGUGGACAACAAUACGUGGAACAGCACGCAUAUCGCAACUGUUGGGCUUGCCUUUGGAUCUGAGGAAUUCCAAGCCUACGAGAUAGCUCAAGACCUGGAUGUUGACUAUGUAUUUGUCGUCUUCGGUGGGAUGGCACGAUUUUCCAGCGAUGAUCUCAACAAGUUGAUCUGGAUGAUUCGCAUCGCAUCUGGAGUAUUCCCCGAUAUGCAGCAGUCAGACUACCUCGGACCCAAGGGGCAGUUCACUGUUGGAGAAGGAGCCCCGAAUGCCCUUCUGAAUAGUCUGCUUUAUAAGCUUAGCUACCAACACUUCGGCAAGGCAACUAAGGGCUUUGACUUCGCGAGAAAGACACAAGUAAAUACCGGAGAUAUUGUUCUCAAACAUUUCGAGGAGGUCUUCACCUCUGAAAAUUGGGUUGUUCGAAUCUACAAGGUUCGCAAAGCAGACAACCGGGAUGCGAAAAUGCUCAACGCCAUCGAAAGUGCAUUUCUUUAA